AUGCCCUGCUUUAAAGGGAUUGCUGUUAGCAUACACGCCAACGGUGCCCCUCUUCCCGAGCAUGGUAUGCAAAAGCAAUCACGUCUGUCACGGAUUAGCACCUACAUACCCGUGCCUCAACCAAGCAUCAACCCCGAUUCGAACAAGCCCGAGCCUGCCAAGUUCGCCAUAUCAAUCACCCUCUUGACACCCGGCUUGCCAAUCCCAUACUCGACUCCAAGAUCUACCGAAACGAACCCUUAUCCGAAGCCCCAGUUUGUUGGCGGCCUCCCCACCGCCGCUCAUGGCCCUUCAAAGUUCUCCGGAGUCGUCAACCCCUAUAUCCCCAUGACCAAUUCUGAAAAUGAGACGAUAGCUGCCUACAUAUACUUUGACGGAAGAUCCAAGGAGGAAGUCGCCACGCUUUUGCGUCCGGGUGAAGAGACCUGGGUCAACAGCCGCUGGGUCCAGGUACCCGACUCGGAAGGCGGAGGUCUCGCCGAGCGCGAGUUCCUCUUCCGUGAAGUCGGCCUGGAGCGCUGGUUAAAUGGCUUGGAUCUACAAGGUCACGACGCCGCAGAGAAGCUGGAACGUCGCCGUCAAAAAUUCGAGAAGCGGCGUAGAAGACAAAAAGCUACAUCUGGAGCGACAACCAUGCAAGUUGAGGAAGGUAUCAACGGCCCCCGAGACACUCUUCGUUAUGGCGCCGAAGAUGGAUCUCCCGUUGAGGCCGUUUUCGGUGAGGACGAUUCUGAUUCCUUGUCUGAUGAUGACGAGAUCCCAGAGGCAACUGGCCAGAUCAAGGUGUUGAUGUUCCGUGUACUCGCUUCUGGCGAAAUAAAAAAAGGAGAGUACUCUCCUCAGUUCGACGCCCACGACGACGACGACGAUGCGGAGUCUGGAAAGCAAGGGAAUGGAAAAAGCGGCGUCGAUGCUGAUGUGGAACACACUACAAGCUUUGCUAAGCCCAAGACACUGGAUCCGAAGACCAUCAGCACCCAAACCGUGACGGGUAUCGACGGUCCCGAUAAGCCAUACGCUUCUUUCACAUUUUUCUACCGUGGAGAGAGGCAGCUCCAAAAGAUUGGAAUCAUCGCCUCCUCAAAGACAGCCCAGGCAACGCCGGGAUCUGCCAAACGUCGGUCUGGGCAGCUGGACUUCUCCAGCCUCGGUCCUCUGAGAACUUCCGGCACCGUUGGAUUUUCUGCCUUCAGAGACCAGGAUACUGAGGCAACCAGACGACGGAAAGCCCGCAAGAAGAGCAAUGGCAACGUGGGAGGAGCUCUGAAUGAUGACAGCGACGACGAAGACGACGAGAGUGAACUUCUUGGGAAGAUGCAGGAUAUUGAUGAGAAGGACAUCGAUAACAAGCUCGCUCCUGAGGACGUCAGAUCUCAAGGCGAGCUUGCUGAUGGUGUAAAUCGUAUUCAUCUCAAGAGAGCACACUCAGCCGAACCCGACCGAUCUGAGAAUUCAAGUGUCACAAACAACACUGCACACUCAGGCGCGCUUGCUGGUUCAUCGACCAACAGCGUGACCACUGCACGCAAUGGCCAACUUACUGCGGGCGCAACCCAAGGCGCCGGCAAUGAUGCUGCGAUAGAAUGGACCGUUGGAAGUCCCAUGAAGAAACACCGGCCGAGUAUUUCUGACGGAGACGACCAAGGCCGAGCUCAGCCAAGCAAUUUAACCGCCGGCUUUGGCGAUGUUAUGGACGGCGCUAGUCCGGCGCAGAGAAACGCGCCAGCCACUUUGGGUCCGAAUGUGGAGGAGGAGGAGCUUUAA